AACACCUCUCUCUCUCAAACAAAUUAUAUAUCGACGAUGCAAGGCCUCCGGCACGGCCUCCUCUCCGACGGCGGCGUCCGCCUCGAGCUGACCCCCUCCGCCGCCUCCCCCCUCGCCAUCGACGUGGCCGAAUCGGCGGAGACGCGAAUCCAGCGGCUGAUCGCGGAGAAUCCGGUGAUCAUCUUCAGCCGCCCCUCCUGCUGCAUGUGCCACGUCAUGAAGCGCCUCCUCUCCACCGUCGGCGUCCACCCCACCGUCAUCGAAUUGGACGACGACGAGAUCGCCGCCCUCUCCCCCCGCCCCGCCCCCGACCUCUACAUCGGCGCCGCCCCCGUCGGCGGCCUCGAGAGCCUCGUCGCCCUUCACUUGAGCAACAAUCUCGUGCCUAAGCUUGUCCAAGUUGGUGCCCUCAAAAAUCAUCACCUCCUAAUUAAUUAGCUUUGAUUAAUUAUUUUUUGCUUUUUUAAUUAUAAGAAGAAUCAUAUAUCAUUUUUAUUUACUACUGCUACUGCUGCUACAGUAUUUCUAGAUGGUAAUUAGGGGAAAUAAGAUUGUAUUGUGAUUUGGGGUUUUGUAAGCUUGUGAAUUAGUGUUGGUAAUUGUGAUUAUGACUAUCUACUUUCAAUGGAGAAAUUUGCAAGAGUUAUUGUUA